GGCGAUACAACAAUAAAAGCAAUUAAACAAUACAUUUCACAGAUAGAACACUUGCCACUUUUCUCUCUGAUUAGCUACAUCUAGCCCCUUUCCGGAACACAUGCGCCCCUUCCUAUGGCAUCGUUGAGACUGGACACUGGGCUCAACGGGGAGCCCCCUGCUGCGAGUAAACGGGUUGAGAAUAACAGCAGUACAUCUUAUCGGACAGUGGACUGGGUAUCGACGGCUACGGCAUCCACAGGCCUCAACCUGACACUUAUACCGAGCGCUGCCCCCUAUGAGUACCAUGACCUCAGCGCCUUCCGCGACCUUACGGUGUUACAUGAGGGCCGGCACUCAACGGUUUGGUCGGCGGCGUGCAAGCGGACGGGUCGGACGGUGGUCAUUAAGGGUUACAACAUGAACAGCCUCCAAGCACGGCAGCUCAACAAUGUCCGCAGGGAAAUUGGCCUGCUGAGGUUCUUCCGGGACGCUGGGUGCAAGGGGGUCGUUGCGCUACUAGCGGCCUUUGAGGAGAACUCCGUAAUGUACCUCAUAUUUGAGGCGUGCAUGCGCGGGGACCUCUAUCAGCAUCUCAUGCGCAAUCGCGGAACCCUGCACGAGGAAUUUGUAGUCACAAAGAUUGUCUUUCCGCUGCUGUGCGUGCUUCAGCAGCUGCAUACGCUUCACGUUGUUCACCGCGACAUCAAGCCGGAAAACAUCUUUGUCACCGAGGAUGGUGACAUUGCCCUGGGUGAUUUUGGGCUCGCCGGGCACAAGUUCCACGACCGCAUGACGGAGCGUGUGGGUACUCUGGACUACAUGGCCCCGGAGAUCCUCAGCAUCCCCCCGCACGAUGACCAGGACAGCGAUGGGGUGGGGCACCAUACUGACGGAGCCAGGACUUAUGACGAGAAGGUGGACAUUUGGGCGACAGGUGUGCUGGUCUACGAGCUGCUGGUCGGGCGGCCGCCCUUUGAAGUGGACGACCCGCAGGAAACAACCAAGCUUAUCUUGCACAGCGAGGCCUCCAACUACCCAGUGCACAUAUCCCAGUACGCGCGGGACUUUGUAGCACAAGCGUUAAUAAAGAACCCGAGUGCCAGGCCUUCUGCUGAUGAGCUGUUGCAGCAUGCGUGGCUCCGACACUACUUUGGCGGGAAAAUCCCGGACCCAGCAGCAGCAACCGGUGGUGGCGUCACAGCUGGCCUGCUAAAAUCUUGGCUGGUGGCCAGCUGGUCCGACCUAUCAAAGGCCAGCGCGGACUCGCUUAAACCCAACAGCGCCGCUCCCAAUCGCCUAAUCCUGGCGCAGGCCUGCUCGCCACGGAAGGCCCUCAGCACGGGAGACGACCCAAACCAGUCCAUACACCUGGAGGACGACCUUACGCCUUCGUCCCAGUACAAACGCAAGUCGGUCCCAGGGGGCAGCGAGGCUGGCAGCGACUCGCCGCAGGAUAGGGACCGUGACAUGAGCAAGCAGUUUGGGAGCUCCACGUCGCGUCACGCGCCCUCAGGCUGCAGCUCCAUGGAGCGCCAGAUGGAGGUGGGUGAGGGCGACGUCGGAGUCUCGGACCGGGACCGGGACAGCGCGCAGCACCGGCUCACGCCCUCGCAGUACCCCAGCCGGGAAUCCUCGGCGGGCUCUAUGGACCAGGCGGUACCGGCGGAGCGGAAUUACCUGCGGAACGACAGCGGGGCCAGCGCCAGCAGCAGCAUAUCGAUAGCCUCCUUUGCCAGUCUGCAGCAUAUGCCGCACAGCAACAGCGGCGGUGAGCCGGCGGAGUCGGACGACAUGGGCAUGGUGCAGAGGAGCGCGAGCAUCUCGGGCGCAACCAUGAGCAGGUCUGGGGGUGGUGGCUUCCCCACAGGCAACUCGCAGCUGAAGCCUGUCUGGCAGAGCAGCACUCCGGCCGUCGUAGGUAGCAGGAAAACGCCCGGGAAGAGCCGUUUCGCGGCUUAAGUGCCUGUGGACCGGGGCGGUUUCAUCGUCUGCCUGCCUCCAAAGAGCUAGACAUGCGUGAGUACCUCCAGGCUGCCUGCAGCUACAGCUAAGGACCCUGGAGGUGGUUAACCUACGUCCUUGGUGGCCGCCCGUUGUCGGCUUUCCUUGGUGCUCUUUGCUUACGUCCGUACGUCCCUGCCUGCUAGCUGGCGGCGUCUGAAAGUGUGCUGGGGCCAGAUGUUUUUCAAGCCAGGACUGCUACUCUGCUCGUAUCCUGGCGAGCGUUUGGGAUAGCUUGAUUGCUUGAUCUAUAUGCGCGAUCUUUAUCUCCAGGUUGCAGGCGUGCACAUGGGAUAUGCACUGUCACAGAGUUAUAUUUAAGGUCGCCAGUGUUGUAGUUCUUGGGUACCGUUGCUGUCAACGCUGCCUUGCUUGCAUACAAGAGAUUAUCCUUCUAGGCUCUGCCUACAUCGCAGGUAGUAUAGCAGGUGAAGCUUUCGGAUGUUCCAGCAGAUGGCUAUGCUUUAUUUGCUUCAUUCGCUUACUGCCGCGGCAUACCUUGACGUGGGUUGCUGGGUUAGCAGGGAGAGCGCAUCACGCUGCAAUGGUUCUCGAUGGCAGGGGUAAUAUCCGCCAGAGGAGCGAGGCAC